CAUGUUGACUGUACGAACGGUCAAGAGGAAAUAUGAUGAUAUGGGGUCAAAUGAUAACAUUACCUUUGACUUUGUCGAUGAUAGGGUAGAUGAAAUAAGAAAGCUUCUUAAGGACAAAACUCAAGAUUUAAUUGCUAAUAGCAUAUUAGAUAUUGAGAUAAAAUUAUGCAAUGAGCUAGCCUCCUUGGAGUACCUUCACCCUGUUUCCUUUAUUUAUAAUCCAAUAGACUACGCAGCAGAGCUGCAUUGUGAUUUUAUUAGUAAAUAUGGUCAAAAUCCUAAAAAAGUUCUAUUUGUUGGAAUGAAUCCAGGACCUUUUGGAAUGGCUCAAACAGGAGUUCCUUUUGGUGAGGUUAAAACUGUUAAAGAUUGGUUCAAAGUUGAAGGAAAAAUUGGCAAACCAGCCAAGGAAUGUGUCAAACGUAAAAUUUCCGGUCUCGAAUGUCAGCGUAGUGAAGUUAGCGGUGAAAGAUUCUGGAGUUUAUUUAAAAAAUUAUGUGGAACACCAGAUAAUUUUUCCAAAGCGGCUUACGUACAUAACUUUUGUCCUCUUCUAUUUUUAAAAGAGUCUGGAAAAAAUCUAACACCAGUCGAUCUUAAAAUUGACCUAAGGAAGAAAGUCAAUUCAAUGUGUCUCAAAUCUCUAUCAGAAGUCAUAAAGGUUAUUGAACCAAAAUGGAUUAUAGGCAUUGGAAAAUAUGCUAAAGAUAACAUUGAUAAAGCUUGUAAAUUGUUUGAUAUAGAAAAUGUUAAAACCGCUGUUGUUAUGCAUCCUAGUCCAGCCAAUCCUCAAGCUAACAAGGGUUGGGAAAAUAUUGCAAUUGCACAAUUAAGUGAAAUUGGAGUUUUAAACUUAUUUUCAACCCAAUCAUGA